AUGCCGCCGCUAGCGCCGAGGCGAAGGCGCAGGACGAGUGAGCUGAAGUUCCACCACACGAAGCGGCGUCGAGUAUCUGAGGCACUGGUGGAGCGAGGCAUAGAGAAGGAGUUCGACCGCACACUGCCCUUUUGGCGGUGCUUUAUCGAUCUUCGGCUCGCCACUGGACGCGUUCCGGAGGUGGUGACGCGGCACACGCAGGUACUGUGCCGCAUUCCUUGUAAGAUCUUCAAACGUGUUGAUGUGGUGUGGGCACGCACCAAGGUACAACUGAGACCGGUGCAUGUGCUGACGUGGCAGGAGCGCAAAAACGGGCCGCGGCCUCCACGCGCGAGCUACAGGGUGCCGGCGAAAGCAUCCGCAGAGCCUGCUGUAGCACAUGCUGGACCAGCCAAUGAAACGCCCCCGCCAGUCACCGACAGCGAUAGGUCUCUUCGCGUGUACACGAUUGACACGGUUCACUUUGUCCAUGAAGACGCCUACAAGAGUGGGACGGGUAGCGAUCAUAGCUUUCAUGUGCAAUCAGUGGUGUUACGCGAUGCACCGCACAUUCUGCAAUGUGUCGGCGGCUCUAUGGUGUCUUUUUCCUUGAUCAUCUACACGUCACUGCGCCUCGCGCACGCGUGCGACGCGCGAAAGUGCACAGUCCAGGAACUCGGUCGUCAGCUUGAGACGGCCAUGGCUGCGUGCAGCGAGAGCAGCUCCACCACGACAACCGAGUCAACGAGACAGCGCGCAAACAACACCUCCUCUGCCGAAGUUACAACCGGCACAGUGCAAAGUGCAGACGCUACUCAGCACGUCCACUCGACCACGCAGACUGGCCGGGCAUCUCUUCUCCACGACGGCGAUUUCAAGAGAAGUUCUGAUAUCACUUCCUUUUCGGUACUACGGGCGUGGUGUCCGCCUGCGACGGUGCGUGUUCUCAUUCUCGGCAUGGGCGGCAACAGCAUGGCUCACGCGUUGCGCGUCGUCCUCGGUGGCGAGGCACUCAUCGAGGUCGUCGAGGUGGAGCCGGCCGUUGUCGCGUCGUGCAUGCAAAUGGGCACGCUUCACGAUUCUGACACCAAAACGAAGGUGCACUUACAGGACGCCGACCAGUGCCUUGCAACACUUCCACCCAACGCGUACGACUUCAUCUACAUGGACAUCUUCGAGCCGAUGCAAGCGACUAUGCGAAACCUGCAUCCGUGGGUGCUGGCAACACGCAAACUUCUCAAGCCAGGCGGUCUUUUGGUGAUGAAUGACCAUCAUCUCCCCUCUGCUGCGGGUGUGGCACCGUACGCCAAAGUCUUUGGUGAAGGGAACGUGCAGGCGGUGAACCUGCGUGGGUGGAGCGAGAGCAUCGUCGUGUGCGUCACCCCAGGUGAUGUAGCGACGGACAAGUACUCACUGGACGUUUCCAAGACACAUGCAGACAUCGCAUUCAACAUUUACGAGACGCUCGUACCCGGGUGGCUGCCUCAUUUUUCGUGGUUGGUGAGGGCGAGAACGUAUCGACACGAGGGCGUUCGCUGCCGUCUGUGGACGUCGUGA